AUAAUGAGCGCUAUCAGCCGGGGACGGGCGCAGCGCGCGGCGUAAUGCGGACCGGUGAGUCGGCGAGGCUCGAGAUUACGUGAAGGAAAAUGAUGCCAACGAACGACAUCACACACAGUUCGGUUGGUGGGGUCAGUCAGUCAGCCGCGGAGCCGCGAGAGACGCGGGUGUGGCGGUGCGCUUGCGCAACACAUUGAUAACUCGCCGCGGCGCGUGCCCUUGCGCCGCUAAUUUCUUUGUUUACUUGCUUUGUUUGUUUCGGAUGGACUGGCCGACACUGGCCAGGUCACGCCUCCUGCGACCAUUAUUUCCAACUGAGAUGGUGUGGUCUGCUGCGCGACCAGUUCAUGCGUGUGCGCAUUUUGUUGUUCCGUUUGUGAUAUUUCGGAGAUAAGUAGUGCAGUGUGGUUGCGACAUGGAGUGGUUUAAGGGCCUGGCGGGGCGGGUGCGGCGGGAGCCUGGUUCGGAAGAGGACGGGCCGCAUUCCAGCUCACCACUGCUGGAGACAGCCCAGGAGCGGAGCGAGCGCUGGCGCAGCGUGUACGUCAUCUACUUCACCAUGUUCCAGAUGUCGCUGGGUUUCAGCAUCGUGCUGACCGGCGUGUGGCCCUACCUCGACAAGCUGGAGCCCGGCGCGCGGAAGGAGGUGCUGGGGCUGGCGGUGGGCGCGCACCCGCUGGGCCAGCUGGUGUUCUCCCCGCUGCUGGGGCUGUGGGCCAACCGCGCGGGCUCGGCGCGCGCGCCGCUGCUGGCCACGCUCGCGCUGUUCGUGCUGGCCAGCGUGCUGUACGCCGAGCUGCACCUCACGCGCCCCUACGCCAAGUACUGGAUGGUCUUCGCCAGAUUCCUCGUCGGCGUCAGCUCAGCCAACAUAGCGGUGGCGCGGUCGUACCUGUCGGCGGCGACGCUGGUGGGCGAGCGCACGCGCGCCGUGGCCGUGGUGUCGCUGGCGCAGGUGCUGGGCUUCGUGGUGGGCCCCGCGCUGCAGGCGGCCGUGGCUCCACUGGGCCCCGGCUCGCCGUACCCGCCGCCUGGGGACUUUUCUUCGCCCCUCCGCCUCGACAUGUACACCGGCGCCGGGUGGAUCAACGCCGCGCUCGGCUUCAUCAACCUCUUGCUCUUCCUGCCCUGGUGCUUCAAGGAGAGGAAGAUUGCCGCCAGAGAAGCCAUGAUCGCGCAGGGAACAGACAAUGAAAAAGAAGCUUUAAAAGCUUUGAAGCCGGACCUGGUGAGCAGCUGGACGCUGGUGGCGGCAUUCUUCGUGCUGGUGUUCAACUUUGUGCUGCUGGAGACUCUGGCCACUGUGCUGACCAUGGACCAGUUUGCGUGGACCAAACGGGAGGCACUCGAGUACAUGGGCGCGCUCAUGAGCGCCGGCGCCGUGCUGGCCUGCAUCACCUUCGCGCUCAUCGGCCCGCUUACCCGAUUCUUUGAAGAGCGUGCGCUGCUACUGUGGGGCGGGUUCUUGCUGACGGGCUUGGCGUCAGUGCUGUGCAUCCCGUGGGGCCCGGCGCCGCCGCCGCUGGCGCCCGCCAACGCCACGGAGGCGGGCGGCGGCUGCCCGCAGGCCACGCAGCCGUGGUGCGCCACGUCGCGCGGCCUCACGCUGCCGCAGUUCCUGGCGGGCUACGCCUGCGUCUCCGUCGGGUACUCGCUCGGUGUCACGCUCAUCCAGACGAUAUUCUCCAAGGUGUUGGGCCCCAGGCCUCAGGGCGUGUGGCAGGGCGUGCUGACGGGCGCGGGCUGCCUGUCGCGCGCGCUGGGCCCGGUGUUCGUGGCGGCGGUGUACGCGCGGCACGGGCCGGUGGCCACGUUCGGCAGCACGGCGGCGCUGACGCUGGCGGCGCUGGCGGCGCUGCGCGCGGUGUACGGGCGGCUGCGGCCGGCGCCGCUGGCCGCGCGCCCCGCCGCCGAGCACGAGCUGCGCGCGUUCGCCCAGGACGAGACGUGACGUCACUUCUUGCCAUGCGAAGUAACCUGUAGCUGAAGAAGACUGAUGGCGGCGCGACGCACGCGACGCGACGUUGCUACGAGUAUUUCUAAAUGUAUAUGUAUGCCAGGGCGGUACUGAUAUAGGAGCUUGUGUUUUGUGUUUAUUUAUUAGAUCGCAGUCAAAGCUAUAUUCAAAGCCUAUAAUCAGGUAAUGCAGGCAGUAAGCUCAGCAUUAUACAAAACUGGUCAGCGACACUCGUGCUCAGUACUCAAUAAGUAGGACAAAGGCCGCGCUAAUUAUAUGCCGAUGACAGAGCAAAGUGCGAUUACCAAAUACAUAUUUAAACAAAACCAAACAAUGCUUAAUUCGUUUUGAGAAUGUUAAAUGUUUGUGUGGUACUAUGUAAUAUAAAGUACGCGCUCAUUUCGAAUGAGAAAGUAAUUGAGAGUCCAUUAAGUGAAUGUUGUAUUUAGUUAAACAGUAAGUGACGGUGUAGGUGCUAGGUAGGUAGAUAGACAGCGUUUGGCUCAACCACACGUGAUACGUAUAUAGUAAUAAAAUAACGAUGAUUCAUAUAAAUAACAGAAUGAGCUGAGAGCGCAGAUACUAAUUUUAGUCAAUAUUAUUAUUUUGAAGGGUUUACAUAAAUAUUUAUUAUUUUAAGGGUUAAGGUAGAAAAGAGACCAUUGAUUAGGUCAGUGGCUGUGCUUGGUAUCGUCCGAUACGUACGACGAACAGGGACGGCCAUCUCCAUAAUAAUUACUGCUGCAGGAGAGUGCUAUACAUUCACAACAUACAUGCGACAUAGUACACUCCCUGCGUUGACACUGCGCACUGCAUAGUAUUAAUGAGACUGAAAAACAAAACAAUCCUAUCAUAUCAAUGUUAUAUAUUUGUAAAUAAGAUAAGUAAAUACUCCACCACUUCGUACUGUAUCAAUGGCGUACCUUAUGUUCUGCAUAACUCAAUGUUUCAUUAUGCAAUAGGUAUGUACAUGCAUAAUAAUGAAUUCCUCCGUGAAGGGAGUCAUUUCGUUAUUGUGGAGACGAACAACAAGUACUAUAAAUGAGAACACAGACUCGAAAGUGUCAGUAAUAACAAAUUGUAUGUAUGAACAAGUUAAAAGAGCCUCUCUCUUAUUAAAAAUUGAGAUUAAAAAACACAAGCUAGUAGUGCAGUGGGUGUGCAGUACAUUGUUGCCCGCGCACCGCUCGCUCCUUUCUGAUGCGCAUCCUACUUGCAUUCAGUUCACUUAGCCAGCACUCGGUCGUGUGUCGUGUCUACACAGGGCGCAUAGUAUAUGACAUGUUUCAUGUGAUAACUCGUAAUAAGACUUUAAUGGCUUAAUUACCUUUGAUACAGUUAUUCAGUCAUUAAAGUCAUUGAACAACGAAUAUAGUUUCGGUUGCCUAGCAACAAGUUUAUAUUUCGUCACAUUGCCGUCGGUUGCCAGCAUGAUAGAUUGUUAAUUAGGUUCCGUACGUCAUCAAAGUCCAGACCACACUGAGUUGCGAUUGCACACGAAAACGAUAAACAGAAGCGGUGGCACUUGUACAAGUUGCAUGCGUAUUCAUUUUGUAAUAAGUAGUUUCUGUAAUUAAAGUCCAAAGUCAAGUAAUUUAUUUCAAUCUCACUUAUUAAUAAGGCACUUCUACAAGACGAACAAUAUUUUAACAUUUGUCAGCCAUUCCCCUAAUGCAGCUAUUUGCCAUCGUGGACUAACCGCAGUGCGGCCUGGGACCAAGAUCGGCUGUAGCUCCAUCAUCAGCCGUGGGAGUCCACGGCUGGACCUGCUGGCUGGCUUCCUCUACAAAAGAAGGACUUGCCACUAUUUGUACGCUUAGCUAGCAGGUUGAAGAUCUCAAUUUAAAAGGUUCAGGUUAAUCAUAGAACGGACAGCGCCGGUCUCUGCUAAAUAUCAAUUUCCUUAUUUAGUCGACUCUAACGACACCCGCGGCAAGAGUAGGGGUGGAAAUGAAUGUAUCCGACUACUGUAAGUGUAAGUACAACGUGUAGCGGGGAGGUGGAGGCCGAGUAUUACUGUGACGACACGUACUGAUGUUCCUCUGUGGGUGCGUGCUGGCGGCUGGCGCUGACAUUCUGCUGGCUCCGGCCUGCAGUGUACCGACACAUGGCGCGAUACACAAGGUGCUAACUACGACGCACUAGACAAGAACGUCGAUGGUCGUCCGGCCCACGGCCACCAUCGCCGAGUUCCGCAGACUAAGUGUCACUGUUUGGAAGUUGUUACGGAAUGUAUAAAACGUUGGGAUUGUACAGCAGCGUGGAGGCCGACACAAGGUGCACACAGACGGUGGAACAUCUUGUGUGUUUCGUUAUGUGUUGGCGGGUUUGAGUCAAUAUAUAGCAAUACAGCGCCAGCACGUACAAUAAUAAUGUGUAAUGUGUAUAAUGUAUAAAUAGGUAGAUAAUAUUGGAAUAGGUAUUUUGAAUUUUGUAUAUUUUUGCUAUUCAGACUUUUAUAAUUUGAAUAAAUAAGUUACGUUA